GUUACCCAAUAGUUACCCUUCUAUAUGCAUUGCGGUUUUAUAUGGUGUUUCCGUUUCCAUCUUCUUUCUGUGUAGUUCUGCGUACAGAAUGACUUGCAAACGUAGAAAUGGUGGACGCGCCAAGCAUGGCCGUGGCCAUGUGAAUCCAGUCCGUUGCACCAACUGCGCUCGUUGCGUUCCAAAGGAUAAGGCUAUUAAGAAAUUUGUUAUUCGUAACAUUGUUGAAGCUGCAGCUGUCAGAGAUAUAACAGAGGCUAGCUUCUAUCAGUCUUAUCAACUACCUAAAUUGUAUGCCAAGCUUCACUACUGUGUCUCCUGUGCUAUUCACUCUAAGGUGGUGCGAAACAGGUCAAAGGCUGAUCGUCGUAUCAGAACACCUCCUGUCCGCAACUUUCCAAGGGAUCUGCGUCAAGGUCAGCAGAACAGGAAAUAAUUUUAUCAUGUAAAAUUAACUUCAAUAUUAAUAAAAAUUGUGAAAACUAA